CACAUUGCAUUUUUGCUUGCGGCAAAAAUCAAAGCCAACGCUGCUCUCGAAGUGUAGCGACCAUCAUGGUGUCUGCGAAUCCAGUGGCAGCUGCGACUGGCCCGCCCCAAGAAGACUCGGCGACUAGCAAAGCCAAUGCCGUCGCGCAAGAGGGUCAAGACAGUGGCAUGAGCCCAAGUGACUCUCAUGCUCAGAACAACGGUACUGCACCUCAUCGAGGCAGAGGAAGAGGCCGAGGAGCGCGGACUGCAAGGGGAGGAGCGAGAGGCGCAGGUUCGAACAGGCGUCAAGGUGGUCCCAAUCCGACUGAAGACGGAUCAGCCCCUCAGGAUCCCACGAGCAAUGAAGCUAGCGAGAGUCCUGCGCCUGCUGCUGCUGCUGCUCCUACUUCUGGUCAUCGCAGACGGCAGUCUACUAGAGCUGGACCUGGGAACACACAAGCACAACCGACAGACAGAGAUGACAGAGAGGUAGAGACGGCAGAAUCGCUCGAGCUCAGAAAACGCUUUCCACCAGAGAAGUUGGCGACGCUCAAGUCUAUCUUCUCAGACUGGAAGGAUCAAGAUCUGCUCUUCACGCUCGGCGAGGCCAAUGGUGAUCUCGAGCUGGCGAUCGGGCGAAUCUCAGGCGGUCAAGCCACGCAAUGGUCAUCUACAUCUGCAAAGAAGAUCAAGAAGCCCGUCAAGCCAAGCGGAGCGGCGGGAGACGCGUCCGUGGCCGACGGCAGCGCAUUGCCAUCAAGAGGUCGAGGAGGUCUUAGAGGUGCUCGAGGAGGCCUUGCUGGAGGUCUACGAGGCACAGCAAGAGGAGCAAGAGGCGCAGCGAGAGGAGUACCACGCAAUCCAUCGAGACUCGCAAACGGCCAUGCACAACCAGCCCAGACCAGCACUGCAGGCCUGGAAGAGGCGCCCGUUGAAGAUUGGUCCAACGAACCUACUGCAUCAUCUUCAGUAGCAGAAUGGUCCACGCCUACGACCUCUACACCCGCCCAGACGCCUGCUGCCGCCACGCUUGGACCAUGGGCAGGAUGGGGCAAGAAACGCGAAGUCGUCCAGCCACCGCCUGCACAGCCAGAAAUCCAGGUGCCAGCAGAGCAACCGACAGAGCUGACACAAGAAGCCCUCGCAAGCAAGGACGCUGUCGAAUCCUGGUCGACUCCCGCCGGAGGUGCUACGCUGCUCUCGCGCUUGAUGGGUUCCGCUGCUGCUCCGACAGGAGCCGACGCAAUGUUGCACAAAGACGCGCCGAAAGCGCCUGAUAGCAAUGUUGCUGUGCUCGACGGAGAAGCAGGCCGGGACGCGGGCAUCACGCCUUUGCCUUCACCGCCGAAACCGAGCCGCGUCAUUCAACCUGGCACGACAGUUUCUUGGGCGCAGAUCGCAAAAGCGCAAGAGAUCAAGAAGGCAGCACAAGCUGCUGCUGCACCGUCUUCGGCCUCCCGUCAAGCGCCAGUCGAGCCGCAAGUCGAGCAAGUCAACAUGCAUCCUCAGCCUAGUCAACCAGUCUCGCAUGACCCAUGGGGCAAUACGCCAGCGGCAGCCGCAGCCGCGACAGCGCACGAUCCCCAAUCGCUCGGCAUUGGCGAGGCGUGGGCAGAUUCUGUGCUUGCAAGCCAGCCUGAGCCUGAGCACGCUGCGCCUGCAUCACUUCCUCCACCAGGAAUCAAUACGGCUGGCAAGCUAGCAGUCGACACGCCAGCAGCAGAAGCGGGCGCGCCGCUGCAUAAGGACGUCGGAGUUUCUGCUUCGCUCGGCCCCGAUCCCAGUGAUCUCAUGGGUCCUCCCGGUCUGGCCGCUCGCCGUACUCAAAACCAGAGAUUGAAGCAAGAUGCACCGGUGGUCAUGCCCAUCGAGCGAGCAGUCGAGAGCGUCGGCGUGCAAUUUGGCAGCUUGGGCGUGCACGAGUCUGAACAACAGCAGCCUGCUCAGCCUGCACAUGUGCAGCCAAGCUAUACCGCAGCAGACCCUCAGCUGUCUGCUCAACAAGCGCAGCAAGCUUACUACGAGCAACAGUAUCGCCAACAGCAGCUGCAGCAAGCACAGCAGCAACAGCCACAGCAGCAGCACUAUCAGCAAUCGCAGCCAGGAUACACCGACAAGAACGUGUCUCAAUCUGGCCCUGGCUACCAGUAUGGCCACCCCAGUGGCUUCAGCUCGGGUCUGCACAACUCUGGCUACGGUGCUGCUAGUCUGACAGCGCCUUCUCAAGCUUCGCCAAGUGUCAACUCACCUUAUGCAUCGCUCGUGGGUGACACAUACCAGCAAAGUUCACAGCCAACGCAAGGCACAACGCCUUCACCGCAUGUACCAGCUCAGCAGACAGGCUAUGGUUCUUACGGUCAGCAGGCUCAGCAGACGCAUGGCUACGGCAAUCAUCAAGCAGACUAUUCUCAUCUGUACAGCGGACAAGAUCGCCAACAACAGCAUGGAUUCAGCGGCUAUGACGCCUACGGACAGCCCGCUUACAACCGUGCUCACAAUGAGGAUCAGAGCAAGCUUGGUGCGCCUCAAAAUGGCUACCAAGCGCCCGGAACACCGUCUGCACCCCAGCAGCACAACGGGCAUGCUUCGAAUGAUGCUCGUCAAGCACCUCAAAGCCAACAACAACCGCCUCAAACUCAGCAGCAGCAACAGCAGCAACAACAGUAUCAGCAAUCGAUGAUGGGCUACUAUCCAUACUAUCCUUACGGACAACCCGCAUACAGCCCUGCGGCUUAUCAAGGCAACCCUCAAGCGCCGAAUUAUCCUCAGCACUAUGGCAUGCAAGCACCUGCGCCUUACUACCAGAUGAGCGGUCGACCUGGUCAGAAUUACGGUCAACAUGGUCAGCACGGCCAGCAAAAUGCUAGCUACGGCCAGCAAAACUCUGGCUAUGGCCAACGUCAGACGAAUCAAGGCGGCAACUACGGCUCGGCGCCGGCACAGACCGGCUACGGUGCCAGCCCUGCUGCCCCCUCGGGUCCUUACGCAUCCUACAGCACAGGAGGAUAUGACAAUAGCGGACGAGCGAGCGCUGGCCAGCCUCAGCAAGUCGCGACAGGUCUCGCGGGUCAAGACCGUUCGCAAGACUACACGCAGGCUUUCAAGGACUUCUUCUGAGCUUGCUGUGAGCAUCUGUUCAGAGGGAAUGGAGCUACACCUCUCGAGAAUGUCAUGCGAUGCAAUUUUCAGUGUUUACGUCAGUGUGACAUGACUCAGUGUGAUUGAUCUAGCUAGCAUCGCUCGAGUACGAUUGCGAUGCCCUGUCCGCCGCCGAUGCAGGCUGCGCCGACAGCAUAUCGCUUGUCGAGUCUGAUGAGGUUGUGGACGAGGUUGGCAGUGAUGCGAGCGCCAGAUGCUCCGAGUGGGUGUCCCAGCGC